UCUCUCCAAAUCUCUCUUAGUUAUAUUUCAUCUUGGCAAGUGCUAGACUUUUAGAAAAAAUAGAAGAUCUACAAAGGAAACCAUUAUGGAGAGCAGUGGGCCAAAGGUUUUGGAGACAGCAGAAGAAAUCCAGCAGAGGCGUCAGGAAGUGUUGGAUCGGUACCACAGGUUCAAGGAACGGGUUGCUGAGCGGGGUCAGAAGCUUGACGAGUCCUAUCGCUACCAAGUUUUCAGGCGAGAUGUAGAUGACCUGGAGAAGUGGAUCCUGGAGAAGAUCAAGAUCACAGAGGACAAGAGCUAUAGAGAAAUCCCUAUCAUAGAGGGAAAACAUCAGAAGCAUGAAGCUUUUGAAGGAGAAGUACAAGCAAAAUCCAGCGCCCUUCCUGAACUGGAAGAAACCAGAGAAGCCCGACUCACUGAAGACCAUUUUGCCCAUGAAGAUACUAAGACCCAUCUGGAAGAACUACGCAGACUGUGGAACCUGCUGCUGGAGCUGACCAAGGAGAAGAGUGACUGGCUAUGGCAGAGCCUGAAGUUCUAUCAGUACUUCCUGGAGUGUGGUGAUAUCUUGGAAUGGAUUGAAGAGAAGAAAUCUAUUGUGACAUCUACAGAGCUGGGUGAGGCCUGGGAGCGCACAGAAUUUUUGCAUAAGAAGUUUGAAGAGUUUCAGGAGGAACUGUCAGCUCGAAAGAGGAGAGUGGAUGAAGUGAACAAAUAUGCCAAUGAGUGUGCUGAGGAGAACCAUCCAGAGCUGCUCGUGAUAAAGCUAGAGCAGGAUGAGGUCAAUGCUGCUUGGAAGGAUCUCUCUAACCUGGCUUCCCAGAGAAGGGAAACUUUGUCCGGUGCUGCAGAUCUCCAGAGAUUCAAAAGGGAUGUGACGGAAGCCAUCCAGUGGAUCAAAGAGAAGGAGCCUCUUCUCAUCUCUGAAGACUAUGGCAAAGACCUUGUUAGCUCUGAGGCCCUGUUUCACAGUCACAAGGGACUGGAAAGGAGCCUUGCAGUCAUGGAUGACAAGGUAAAGGAGCUGUGUGCCAAAGCGGACAAGUUGGUGGUCUCCCAUCCUUCGGAAGAACAACAGAUCGAACAAAUGAGAGACGAUCUGACCUCCAACUGGGAGCACAUUCGUGCCUUGGGUACCACCAGAUAUGCAAGGCUGCAGGCUUCUUACGGUAAAAAUAAAAUAAAAUACUCCAGAAUUGUCUGUGUACCGUUGAACACUUACAAAAUUGGUGGUAAUCAACAUGAAAUUGACUCUUACGAUGACCGGUUUCAAUCUGCUGCUGAGACUGGUCAAGAACUACUGGAUGGCGAGCACAAAGCCUCUGAUGAAAUUGAGGAAAAGAUGAAGACGCUUGCCGACAACUGGGUUGCCCUGAAUGCACUGUGGGAGGAGCGUCAGCAACAGUAUCAGCAGUGCUUGGACUUUCACCUCUUCUGCCGAGACCGUGAGCAAGUGGACAGUUGGAUGAGCAGGCAAGAGGCCUUCCUGGAAAAUGAAGACUUGGGAAACUCAGUGGGGAGCGUAGAAGCCCUGCUUCAGAAGCAUGAUGACUUCGAGGAAGCCUUUACUGCCCAGGAAGAGAAGAUCAUAACCUUAGAUGAGACAGCCACCAGACUGAUUGAGCAUGAUCAUUAUGAUUCAGAGAACAUUGCUACUAUCCGUGAUGGGCUUUUGGCUCGGAGAGAUGCCCUGCGUGAAAGAGCUCAUACUAGACGGAAACUGCUGACAGAGUCCCUGUUCUUGCAACGUCUGUACCAGGACUCAGACUACCUAAAAAAUUGGAUAAAUAAGAAAAAAAAGUUGGCAGAUGACGAAGAUUACAAGGAUAUACAGAACUUGAAAAGUCGGGUUCAAAAGCAGGAAGACUUUGAAAAGGAAUUGGCAGCUAAUGAGAUCAUACUUACGGACCUCAAAAAAACUGGCCAGGAGAUGGUGGAUUACGGCCACUAUGCUUCUGAGGAUGCGACAGCCCGUGUCAAUGAGGUUGUAGGUCUCUGGGAGGAGCUGCUCGCGGCGACAGCACAAAAAGGGACCCAGUUGCACGAAGCCAAUCAGCAGCUACGAUUUGAAAAUACUGCAGAAGACCUGGAGCGCUGGUUGGAUGAGGUGCAGAGUCAGGUCACCUCUGAGGACUAUGGGAGAGGCCUGGCUGAUGUGCAGAAUCUGCUCAGGAAGCACAGCCUGUUGGAGUCGGCUGUGAACACUCGCCAGGACCAAGUGGACACCCUCACAGAGAUGGUUGAGCAUUUUGAAGAAAUAAGCCACCCUGAUUCUAGGGAGAUGAGGGCAAGGCAGGAGUCCUUGGCAUCCAGGUUUGAAGCUCUAAAAGAACCACUGGCUUCGCGGAAGAAGAAGCUCAUUGAUCUCCUCCAUCUGCAGCAGAUCUGCAGAGACUCGGAAGAUGAGGAGGCCUGGAUCCAAGAGACUGAGCCCUCAGCAGCCUCCACCCACCUUGGGAAGGACUUGGUUAUAGCCAAGAAGCUUCUGAACAGGCACCAAGUGAUCCUGGCAGACAUUGCUAGCCAUGAGCCACGCAUCCAAGUGAUAACAGAAAGGGGAAACACGAUGGUAGAGGAAGGACACUUUGCUGCAGAAGAUAUAGCUUCAAGGGUUCAGAGUCUGAACAAGAACAUGGAAUCUCUCUGUGCUCGAGCUAACAGGCGGCAGGAUGCUCUUGAGGCGAAUGUCGCUUUCCAGCAGUACCUGGCUGACCUGCACGAAGCAGAAGCGUGGAUUAGAGAGAAGGAGCCGAUUGUGGACAACACUAACUAUGGGGCUGAUGAAGAAGCAGCUGGGGCUCUUCUCAAGAAGCAUGAGGCCUUCCUGGCAGAUCUCGAUGUGUUUGGACACAGUAUGAAAGCACUACAGGAGCAAGCAGAAGCCUGCCGGCAACAACAGGCUGUACCCAUGGGUGAUGCUGCUCAAGAAGUGAGAAUUCUGGCUUUAUUUGACUUCCAGGCCAGGAGUCCAAGAGAAGUCACCAUGAAGAAGAAUGACGUCUUAACUCUGCUCAGUUCCAUAAACAAGGACUGGUGGAAGGUUGAAGCCGAUGAUCAUCAGGGCUUUGUCCCCUCAAACCAUGUCAGGAAACUGGCUCCAGAUGAGCUCCCGAUGCUCCCACAGAGGCGACGAGAAGAGCCACGCAACAUUGCCCAGCGCCAGGAGCAGAUCGAGCAGCUAUACCGCUCCCUCCUUGAUCGGGCUGAAGAACGCAGACGUGGGCUGCUGCAACGUUACAAUGAGUUUCGACUGGCUUAUGAGGCGGGAGAUAUGCUCGAGUGGAUCCAAGAGAAAAAGGCAGAAAACAUGGAUGUUCAACUAGAUGAUGUUUGGGAGCUACAGAAAAAAUGUGAUGAGUUUCAAAAGGAUUUGGAGACCAAUAAGCCUCGACUGAAUGAAAUUAACAAGGUAGCUGAUGAGCUGCUAUUUGAAAAGCUUCUAACUCCAGAAGGUGCUCACAUCCGGCAGGAACUGAAUACUCGCUGGGACUCCCUGCAAAGGCUUGCAGAUGAGCAGCAGCAAAUGCUGAGCAGUGCCCAUGCUGUUGAGGUGUUCCACAGAGAAGCAGAUGAUACAAAAGAGGAGAUUGAGAGGAAAUGCCAGGCCCUCAGGGUUGCGGAUCCAGGUUCAGACCUGCUCAGUGUUCAGGCCCUUCAGCGCCAGCAUGACACCUUUGAGAAAGACCUCAUCCCCCUAGGAGAGAAGGUCACCAAGUUGGUGGAGACAGCAGAGCGUCUCAGUGAGUCUCACCCAGAUGCCAUGGAGGACCUGCAGAGACAGCAAAUCGAGCUGAACAAGGGCUGGGAAGACCUGCAGGAGCUUAUGACGGAUCGCAAGGAGGCCCUGAGUGAGGCCCACAAAUUCUACCUGUUCCUCAGUAAGGCCAGUGACUUAGAGAACUGGAUGAAAGACAUUGGUGGUUCCGUGUCAUCACAGGAUCUGGGCAGUGACUUAACCAUCACUGAAAUCUUGCUAGAGCGACACCAGGAGCUUCAUAGAGAAAUGGAGGCAGAGACCCCCACCUUCCAGGCCUUAGAAGAGUUUGGCAGAGAACUCAUGGACAGUGGGCACAGUAAUAGCCUUGAGAUUGAGAAAAAACUUCAAGCUAUCCAACAAAGCAGAGAGGAUCUGGAGAAGUCUUGGGUGCACCGUAAAAGCCUUCUAGACCAAUGCCUGCAAUUGCAGUUUUUCCAAGGGGACUGUGAGCAGGCCGAGAGCUGGAUGGUGGCACGUGAGAAUUCCCUGAGGUCAGAUGACAAGGACUCCCUCAGUAGCCUAGAGGCCUUGAUGAAGAAACGAGAUGACUUGAGAAUAGCAAUCUCUGCCCAGGAAGAAAAGAUCACCAACCUACAGCAAUUUGCAGACCAGCUUAUAUCUGAUGAUCACUAUGCCAAGCAACAGAUUUCUGCCCGUCUCCAAAAAGUGCUCGACAGAUGGAAUGCUCUUAAAGAACUGCUGAAUGCUGAGUGGGAAAAACUUGGGAAUCUGGCAGACCUAAAACAAUUCCUCCGUGAUGCUGAGGAGCUGAGAGAGUGGAUCGAAGAGAAGCUACCCACAGCCUUGGAUGAAUCCUACAAAGACCCUAGCAACAUACAGAGGAAGUAUCUGAAACACAAGACCUUUGAAAAUGAAGUCAAUGGUCGAGCUACAGAGGUAGAAGGGGUCCUGAAGCUGGGCAAGGCCCUCAUUGAGAAAAAGGCAUGCAAUGGCAAUGAAGAGACCGUAGAGGAACAGCUGGAAGAACUAAAGCAACUCUGGAACUAUCUCUUGAAGCAAACAACUGAUAAAGGGCAGAAACUUGAUGAGGCGAGUCGCCAACAGAGGUUCAACUCAGGCAUCCAGGAUUUCCAGUUCUGGCUUUCAGAGGCAGAGACGCUGCUGGCCCUGAAAGACCAGGCCAAGGACUUGGCUUCAGCAGGAAACCUGCUCAAGAAGCACCAGCUACUGGAAGCAGAGAUGUUGGCUCAAAAGGAUGCACUUGAGGACCUGAAUAAUUUGGCUCAGGAACUUCUCUCCAGUGGUACUUUCAACACUGACAUGAUAGAAAAGGAAACACAGAACGUCAAUGAGCGCUUUGAGAGUGUCGAAGGCUUGGCUGCUGCACACCAUGAGAACCUGAAGGUGGACUAUACCUUGUUCCAGUUUUUCCAGGAUCUAGAUGCUGAAGAGUCAUGGAUAGAGGAGAAGUUGUUGCGAGUGAGCUCCCAUGAUUAUGGCAAAGAUCUACAGAAUGUUCAAAAUUUAUUGAGGAAGCACAAACGCCUAGAGGGGGAGCUGGUUGCACAUGAACCUGCCGUACAGAGAGUUCUGGAUAUGGCAGAAAGCUUGAAAGACAAGGCAGCUGAGAAACAAGAGGAGAUCCAGGAGCGGAUGGCUCGCUUUGUUGAACACUGGGAGAAGCUCAAGGAGUUGGCCAAUGCUCGAGGCCUUCGGCUAGAGGAAUCUCUGCAGUACCUACAGUUUAUGGAGAAUGCAGAAGAAGAAGAAGUGUGGAUUAAAGAGAAGAAAGCUAUGGCUGAUCGAGGGGAUUCUGCAGACACCCUGACUGCUACUCAGAACCUACUAAAGAAGCACGAAGCUUUAGCUAGUGACUUUGCUGUUCAUGAGGCCCGAGUGCAAAACGUGUGUGGACAAGGAGAAGACAUCUUGAAUAAGGAGGAAAGUCAGAACAAGGAAAUGAUUUCUGCUAAGAUUGCAUCUCUGAAUGAAAUGACUCCUUCUCUGGACAAGGCACUGGCAGAUUGGAAGGUGCAGUUGGAAGAUGAUCUUGCCUUACAGCAGUUCAACUGGAAGGCUGAUGUGGCAGAGUCCUGGAUAGGUGAGAAAGAAGCAAGCUUAAAGACAAAGGGCAAUGGCGCAGACCUCACUGCCUUUCUCACGCCACUGGCAAAACAGGACGCCCUGGAUGCCAGUAUUCAGAGCUUUCAGCAAGAACAGCUUUCUAAGAUAACUGACCUUAAGGACCAACUGGUAGCUGGUCAGCACAGCCAGGCAAAAGCCAUUGAGGAGCGCCACGCUGCCCUGCUGAAGCGCUGGCAGCAGCUGUUAGAACUGGCUGCAGCCCACAGACAGGAACUGAUAGAGAAGCAGCUGCCUCUACAGCAGGCUGAGGAGCUGUUCAUGGAGUUUGCAAACAAGGCAUCAGCUUUCAACAACUGGUGUGAGAAUGCGGAGGAGGAUCUGUCAGAGCCUGUGCACUGCGUCUCCCUCAAUGAGGUCCGGCAGCUGCAGAAGGACCAUGAGGCCUUUGUGGCCUCCAUGGCUGGGCCUCAAGAAGACUUCAAACAUUUGCUAGAGCUUGACCAGAGGAUCAAGGCCUUAAAUGUCCCCUCCAGUCCUUACACCUGGCUAACGGUGGAGGUGCUGGAAAGGGUCUGGAAACACUUGUCUGAGGUCAUUCAGGAACGGGAGCAAGAGCUGCAAAAAGAAGAGGAAAGGCAAGUCAAGAACUUCGAAAUGUGCCAAGAGUUUGAACAGAAUGCCAGUACCUUCCUGCAGUGGAUCCAGGAGAACAGGUCCUAUUUUCUGGAUGGAUCUUUGCCCAAAGAAACAGGAACCCUGGAGUCCCAACUAGAGGCAAAUAAAAGGAAGCAGAAGGAGAUUCAGGCAAUGAAGCGCCAGCUAACCAAGAUUGAGGACCUAGGUGACAGCAUGGAGGAGGCUCUGAUCCUUGACAUAAAGUACAGCACCAUUGGACUGGCCCAGCAGUGGGACCAGCUCCAUGAGCUGGGAAUGCGGAUGCAGCACAACCUGGAGCAGCAGAUCCAAGCCAAGGAUACCAUAGGUGUAAGUGAGGACACACUGAAGGAGUUUAGUACCACCUAUAAGCAUUUUGAUGAGAAUUUGACAGGGCGAUUGACUCACAAAGAAUUCCGAUCCUGCCUGAGAGGACUCAAUUACUACUUGCCCAUGGUAGAAGAAGAUGAACCUGAGCCCAAGUUUCAGAAGUUCUUGGAUGCUGUGGAUCCAGGGAGGAAGGGCUAUGUCUCACUGGAAGACUACACAUCAUUCCUGAUUGACAAGGAGUCAGAAAAUAUCAAGACCAGCGAUGACAUAGAGAGUGCUUUCCAGGCCUUGGCGGAGGGGAAGUCUUACAUUACCAAAGAUGAUCUGAAACAGGCUCUUACACCAGAACAGGUAUCAUUCUGUACCAUUCAUAUGCAGCAGUAUGAGGACCCACGAGGUCAGCGCCAAGCUGCUGGCUAUGAUUAUGUUGGCUUCACCAAUUCCUACUUUGGUAACUGAUAAGGAGAUCUCUUGGAUCACAGAAAAUUCACCUAGUGGGGAAUAUUGGGAGAUGAAGGAGACAGGCGAGGGAGUUGGGGUG